AUGGCACGUUGCAUGGGAAGGAAUCGGUCAGAGUUGAUCGUUUGCCUGUUCGGGGCUUCUAUAGUGGGUUAUUAUAUUUUUAACAGGCAUAAUAAUCCAGGUGACAUAGGUGGAACAAGUCCAAGAGAAGUUCCCAUUGAGCAAGAUAUUGAAAAUGAAUUGCUUAAAAAGCCUGUUUAUGACAAACCGCCGUUGGAUUUAAAUGCCUUAGGAGAACUGGGCAGAGCUGUCAAAUUGAACCUCGUUGGAGAGGAGAAGAAAAAAGAAGAGGAAAGUAUUAAGAGGCACCAGAUUAAUACCUAUGUGAGUGAUGUGAUAUCUCUCCACCGCAGCCUACCUGAAAGAUGGAAUCCUCUUUGUAAGGACCUGAAGUAUGACUACAGGAGGUUGCCAUCUACCUCAGUGGUGAUUGCCUUCUACAACGAGGCGUGGUCCACGCUGCUACGCACUGUCCACAGUGUCCUGGAGACAUCACCUAACUUACUGCUACGAGAGGUGGUGCUGGUGGACGACUAUAGUGACAGAGCUCAUUUGAAGGAGCCGUUGGAAAACUACAUCUCCAGCUUGAAGAAGGUGCGUCUGAUCCGGGCCAGGAAGAGGGAGGGCCUGGUACGGGCCAGGCUCCUGGGGGCCUCCAUUGCCACGGGUGACGUGCUGACCUUUCUGGACUGCCACUGUGAAUGUCACGAGGGCUGGCUGGAGCCCCUGCUCCACAGGAUAAAGGAGAAGCCAUCGGCUGUGGUCUGUCCCGUCAUUGAUGUAAUUGACUGGAACACUUUUCAGUAUCUAGGCAACUCUAGGGAACCCCAUAUCGGAGGAUUUGAUUGGCGGCUGGUCUUCACCUGGCACCUGGUGCCAGAGUACGAGCAGAAACACAGAAGCUCUGCCAUCGAUGUCAUCAGGUCUCCCACUAUGGCUGGUGGGCUGUUUGCUGUCAGUAAGAACUAUUUCCAUUACCUGGGCACGUAUGACACAGGCAUGGAGGUGUGGGGAGGAGAGAACCUAGAGUUCUCAUUCAGGAUCUGGCAGUGUGGGGGCAGCCUGGAGAUCCACCCCUGCUCCCACGUGGGCCACGUCUUCCCCAAGAAGGCCCCCUACUCGCGGAGCAAGGCCCUGGCCAACAGCGUGCGUGCUGCCGAGGUCUGGAUGGACGAGUACAAGGAGUUGUACUACCACCGUAACCCCCACGCUCGCCUGGAGGCCUUUGGGGAUGUGACAGACAGGAGGAAGCUCAGGACCCAGUUAGGAUGUAAGGACUUCAAGUGGUACCUGGAGAACAUCUAUCCUGAUAUCCACGUUCCUGAGGACAGGCCUGGGACGUUUGGAAUGCUGAAGAACAGAGGCAUGUCCAGCUACUGCUUUGACUACAAUCCUCCUGACGACCAUAACCUGGUGGGCCACCGAAUCAUCCUCUACCCCUGUCAUGGCAUGGGACAAAACCAGUUCUUUGAGUACUCCAGUAAGAGAAGUGAGAUCCGCUAUAACACCAGGGACCCAGCAGGGUGCGCUGUGGGGGACGCCGUCUCCACCUACCUGACUGUGCACCUGUGUAAGAAUCCCCGGCAGCCUGUGCCACAGGACCAGAAGUUUGUCCUCAGAGAGGACGGCACCCUUUACCACAUGAUGACCCAGAAGUGUGUCCAGGCCGUGGACAGGUCGGACAACAGCAGCCGUGCCCCCGCCCUGCGGCCCUGCUCGGACCACGCCAACCAGAAGUGGUUCUUUGAGGAGAGGGGGGAAUAGUGGAGCGAGCCAGACGAAAUCACUAACACUGGGGUGGAGGGUCAACCAAACCCAUAUCCUGUAGUUGAGGGAGAGGGAUGGAGGCCCCAAGACCCAUACUCAGGUCCAGUGUCCCUAUGCUGUGGAGAUAGCCUGGGUCGUUUUCACACGGAACUAAACAGAAAAAAACUUGCUGAAACGGGGAGGUACUAAUUGAAUUAGUGUAAUUGGAAUCACUUGUUUUUGUUUUCUGUUGCACACUGUUUUGAAUCGUUGUACCCUAAUGAAUAAUACCCAAGUCAGGCGAAGCAGGAACCGCUAUCUUACCUCCUGUAUCUAUGCACAACCUUGUGCUUGCUUAACACAUACCACAUAUCUGCUUCUCCAAUCUUUUUAUUCAUUUUUUAAAAACAUUGUUUGGGUUUUUCAAACACAGUUUUACAUCCAGGGAUUUAAUGACAACUGUUGCAAUUGUUCAUGCUGUUAUUUACAUUUACAUUUAAGUAAUUUUAAGUAAUCUUCUUAUCCACCGUGAUUUACAGUACACUAAGUCUUGUUUUUCAAUGGUUAAGGGCUGUGUCCACUCACUUCAAUGGGGUAACACCCAUUUGAGGAUGAGGGGUACACCCAUAGAGAAUGAUAGAGGCCACAAAAGGUCGUAUUUGCAUGGGCAACACCUUUGAGAGCUUCCACCAAUUUAAUGCAGUCAACUGGGUGGGACUUCCAACUUCAUUAUCCGUUCCCUCCUGGUGACCCUGUUGGAUUCAUGUCAUCAAGAGGGAACAGAAAAUAGUUUAGAAGGAAAUGUACUACUUCAAAAUGGAGAUUGCCUUAAUGCCCCCCCCUCACUUUCAUCGUGGUUUUCCAUCUCUCCUUCUCUUGAACCCAGAACCACUUUGCCCCUGGUAGUGGAUGUUUUUGGCAUUGCAGUGUUCUUGACAGAGUGACAGUAUGAACUUGCAUUACAUUGCAGCUGGAUAGCUCAGACUCAACCUCUAGAGGGUGGCAAAGCUUCCAUCUUGUGUGCUGAUCUUUUUCCCACUCCAACCAAUAUGCUCUCAGCUCAGUGACGUGUGUGCAUGGUUCAUUUUUAUUAGUGAUGCAUUUACGUCUGUCCCUCAUUGUAAGGUCAACCCUGUUUUGUGAACAGAACUCUUGUUUUAAUAUGGUGAAACCAUGACCUUUUUGUUGAUCAUCUAAUUGUCAAAUCAUAGAGUAAAAAGCUGGUUCUACUCUUUCUGGCCACUUUCUAGUGUUUUGUGGUGGAAAACUGAGUGGGUAGAUUAUAGAACGUCAACCCUGUUGUCCAUAGAUCUUUAUUUUAUUUUUUAAAAAUUGAUUGGCAUUGGCAUUCAAUUGUCACCCCCUGUUGCACAGAACAAGCUUUCAUUCCCCCUGUCACAACAGGAUUGAUGGUGAUUUAAGAAGAAAUCGUUAACCUUGUUACCGUCAACCCUGUUACUUUAUUUGCCACUGAAUAGUGAUUUUACCCCGAAUAACUCCCUUACCUGAUGCAAAAAUAGAUAUCAAAAAAGAUUUAAAGACAAAAUAUACCACUUAUUCCCUACAGUUAUAGUGCAUAAGGUGUCAAAAGAUAUAGCCUAUGUGUAUGAAAGAUUGAUAUCUUAUGCAAGGAGGUUGUGACCAAUUGUGGAUGUAUUGAUCCCUAUUUAGCCUAGAAGUGUGGAUGUUUGUGGUCACAUAGUCGUUGCAUUUUUGGUGGAUGUUGGGUACACAGCGGUGACACACACCCACACACAUACAGUAUCUUUCUGACAGGUCAUAGAAUAGGGCGGUGCUUCUCUAUCGUCGUACGUCAUAAAGUGGGAUGUUCUGCAAGCUGUCCAGAUGUUCUCUGUCUGUAUGGGACACAGUACUCUGGAUGCCUCCUACAUGACUCCCUAUUCCCUAUGUUGUACACUACUUUUGAUCAGGGCCAAUAGGGGACACAACCUCUUAAGUAACUUCUUCCACUUUCACAUACUAUAUAUGCACUAUGCAAUUCUGUUUUGUUUCUCUUCACAGUGUUCUAUGACAUGUACAGUACCAGUCAAAAGUUUGGCCACACCUACUCAUUCAAGUGUUUUUCUUUAUAUUUAAUAUUUUCUACAUUGUAGGGAAGGGAAGACAUCAAAACUAUGAAAUAACA